AUGGAGAAUAUUAUGAUUUUUGUUCAUUAUAAUGGAGAAUGGAACCAAAACAUGGAGUACAAAAACUUUGAAGCAAUGGGAAUGUUGGUAAGAAAGGAGAGUGAUUAUACAGAAUUUCUACAAAUAUUGUCACAACAACUGAAUAUGAACCAUAUGUCAACCUGUUUGGAUAUCAAAUAUCAAGUGAAAUCAAAUUACCCACCAAUGAAGAUUACUGACAACGUGAGCUUAUCAUUCUACUUGGAACUAAAAAAAAACACAGCGGAUUGCAUGAUGUACCCCUUAUGCAUUUCAUUCGAGUCGUCCGGAAAGGAAUUAGCAUUCUUUGAAACAACCUUCAAUGUGUCGAAUGCGGAUAUCCAUUCCGCACAACAGUCAGCAAGUGCAGCAAAAUCAGCGCAUGAGAUUGAAUCAACAGCUGAAAAAGAAAGGGAAGAUAUAUCUGAUGUGAUACAGUAUGCAAAGUUCAUGUCAAACAAUUUCAAUGAUGAUGAAAAUGAAGCCGAGAGUAGCUUUAGACAUGAACAUGUCAUAACUGACCCAAGACAUAAGGAGAUCAAAGAGGGGCAGUCCUACAUAAACAAAGAGGUUCUGAAGUCAGUUUUAAGCUCUUAUGCAAUCAACAACCAUUUCCAAUUCAAAGUAUGUAGAUCAUGUGAAAGACAGUAUUUCUUGAGCUGUUUGGAUACAGAUUGUACAUGGAAACUUAAUGCUUCAAAACAAGGAAAAACAGAGAUUUUUAUCAUUCGGAAACUCAAUAUCAACCAUAGUUGCUCAAUGGUUGUGAGAACAUCGGAUCAAAGACAAGCAACAUCAGGUGUAAUUGGAGAGUUUAUUAAGUCCAAAUUCAUAAACCUCAAGACUGUUUAUAAACCUGCUGAUAUUCAAAGAGACAUGAAGGAUGACUAUGGAAUUAAAAUGUCGUACUCGAAAGCUUAUAGGUCAAAGGCAGUAGCUCUGGAUAAAGUUAGAGGGAGAGCUGACGAAUCCUUUUCAUUGAUACCUAGCUACUUAUAUAUGCUAGAGGUUAGCAAUCCGGGUUCUUACACUAGAUUAGAAGUAAAAGACGACAAUAGUAUGCUUUAUGUUUUUAUGGCAUUAAAUGCGUCAAUAAGAGGAUGGAAAUUUUGCAUUCCCGUAUUUGCAGUUGAUGGCACAUUCCUUACUUCAGCAUAUGGAGGAACACUUUUAACGGCAUGUGCACAAGACGGAAACGGUAAGAUAUUUCCUUUAGCAUUUUGCGUAGUUGACUCUGAAAACGAUGAAUCAUGGGAAUGGUUUAUGAAGAGGAUUAGAGAUGCCUUUGGAGUGAGAAUCGACAUGUGUAUAGUAUCUGAUAGACACGAAAGCAUCAAGAAUGCAGCCAAUUCUGUUUUUCCAGAUUCAGCUCAUGUCAUAUGUACAUUUCAUUUGUUCAACAAUAUCAAAAAGAACUUCAAGAAGUCGACAAAAGAGCUUCGGGAAGCAUUUUAUAAAGCAGCAAAAGCUUAUACAACUGAGGCAUUUGACAUCUACAUGAAGCAAAUUAACAGUAUGUGUAAAGGUUUAAAGCCAUAUCUAGAAUCUGUUGGAUACAAGAAAUGGGCAAGGUCACAUUGCGAGAAUAACCGUCACAAAAUAUUGACAACAAACAUAGCAGAAUCAAUGAAUUCCAGAAUCAAAGCAGGUAAGGAUCUCCCUAUCACUACAUUACUUGAGUACCUACGAACAAUGGUGCAAGAUUGGAGCUUUACAAACAGAAAUUUGGCAAAACAAACAUUCACAGCCUUAUCAAAAAGAGCAGAAGACAUAUUGCAUGAAAAUUACAUUCUCUCUCUGAAAUUAGUGCAUACAACAAAGUUUAUUGUAGAUCUCAAAGAAAGAAAUUGCACAUGCAGAAGGUUCCAGAUUGAUGAAGUUCCUUGCCCACAUGCAAUGGCUAUACUCAAAGAAUUAUAUCAAGAUCCUUACAAAUUUUGUUCAACUUAUUACACAAAAGAAACAAUACUCAAAGCUUAUGCUGAAACAGUUUAUCCGGUGCCAGAUAAGAGUCUUUGGAAUGUGCUAGAAGAAGUAGCACAAAAGAUUGUCAAUCCACCAGAAGGAAGAACAAAGUCGGGAAGACCUAAAAAGCAAAGAUUCAAGUCUCGUGUGGAAACUACAGGGCAUAACAGGUGCAGCAGAUGUAAGGCUUAUGGACAUAAUGUGAAGACCUGUAGGAGUAUGCCUAAGAAAAAAUAG